AUGGACGCAUUUCUCGCACAGCCAACAUCACAUUCCCAUGCUCUACAACCCGAUCGUGUUCCAGCUAUCCAAUUAAAAAAUGAUAUUAAAGUUCGUGCUGUGAUAACAGAUGAACCAAGCAGCUCAAUUCUUCAUUCGGUCUUACGUACAUAUCCACUAAGUGCCGCUGGUGAAUUUCCAAGCAACGAAGCACUUAUGCUAAUGAUUCGAAGACAACGUACUGUUGAAACAGUCGACAUCGAUGGUCGUUUACCAGAAAAAUUGAGAAAGACCUAUCGUGAUGAAGAUUUCAUCUUGCACGAAGACAAGAAUUUAAUUAUAUUUACAACAAAAACUAAUUUAUCUAUUCUCAAGCAAAACAAAUAUUGGUUCGAUGAUGGAACAUUCAAAGUAAACUAUCAAUUAAAUGUGUCUCUUUUUUUUUCUAAUUUUCUUUCAUCGGUAUGGCGACAAGUUCAAAACAAAGGAUUAACAACUAAAUAUAAUGAGGAUGAGUAUUUUCGUUUAAAUGUAAAAAAAUUGAUUGCUCUUGCCUUUGUUCCACUAGAUCAAGUUAUAACUGGCUUCGACUUAAUUUGUGAUCAAUUCGACGAUGACGCCGACGAUUUACUCGAUUAUUUUGCAAAAAACAUGGAUUGGUGA